AUGUUUUCUGAAAGAUUGGGGGUAGAAGAAUCUCGUUUACAAGAAGAUUUUCACGGUUUGAGUGUGUCAAAGCGUCUUGUGAGGAGUGUUAGCCAGAAGUUGAGGAAGAAGAAUAUUCAUAACAGAAGUUUAGGGGAAGUUGAUGAUGAUGAUGAUGAUGAUGUUAAUGGAGUUUCUUUAAAGUGUUUAUCGCUUUAUGGUCGGGGUGGGGGUUGUAAGGUUGGUGCUGAUACUAGCGAUGAAUUAGGGGAUUCGAGUGCGAGAAGGAGAUCUAGUUCUAGUGAAGAAGGGAAGGGGUAUAAACCAGUUUGUGCUUACCAAGAUACUGCUGUUGUGGAUUGUUUCUCGUAUGGGGUGAGGGAUAGGUUUUGGAGGAGGCACCAUAGAAAGAAUUCUGAAUUUGAUGAGAUGGUAACGAGCAGUAAUAAAAUGCAUGUUUUUCUUCCGGAUGAUAUUCUUGAAAUGUGUUUGAUGAGACUUCCGUUGAGAAGUUUGAUGAAUGCUAGACUUGUUUGCAAAAAAUGGAGGUCGUUGACUACUACACCGAGAUUCCUUCAAAUGAGAAGGGAAGGUUUGUAUCAAAAUCCAUGGUUGUUUAUGUUUGGUUCUGUUAAAGAUGGAUUUUGUUCGGGUGAGAUACACGCGUUGGAUGUGUCUCAGAACCAAUGGCAUAAGAUUGAUGCUGGUUUUCUCAGAGGAAGGUUCUUGUUCUCUGUUGCUAGUGUACAAGAUGAUAUUUUCAUUGUUGGAGGAUGUUCUAGCUUAACUAACUUUGGGAAAGUGGAUAGGAGUUCAUUCAAGACGCACAGAGGGGUGCUUUCGUUCAGCCCCUUGACGAAAUCUUGGCGUAAAAUGCCCUCUAUGAAAUAUGCUAGAUCAAUUCCUAUACUUGGAGUCUUUGAAGUCAGUUUGGAUUUUUCAAGUUGUCAAAGUCAUCAAAGUCGGCAAGACAAACGUUUUCCAAGAUCAAGGAUUGGUGGGGUUUCAGACGUCUAUGAGGAUCCUCAUAAGCUUUCAAUGAGACGUCAUUGCAGAUCUACCUUUAACGAGACUGAAGCUUCAUCUUUGCAUGGUAGAAAGGCACACAAGUUCCUGAGACAAAUAAGUGAUCUUUCAAGCUCAAAGAGUAGUAGAAGAUUUUUGUUGAUAGCUGUAGGGGGUCUGGGAUCUUGGGAUGAACCCCUGGACUCUGGAGAAAUAUAUGAUUCUGCAUCCAAUAAAUGGACAGAAAUCCCAAGAUUGCCUUUUGAUUUUGGGGUCGCUUGUUCCGGAGUUGUAUGUGGCAAGAUGUUUUAUGUUUAUUCUGAAACGGACAAGCUUGCCGCAUAUGACAUAGAACGAGGGUUCUGGAUUGCAAUUCAAGCUACUCCGUUCCCACCUCGUGUCCAUGAGUACUACCCCAAACUUGUAUCUUCAAAUGGCCGUCUAUUCAUGCUCUCCGUGUCUUGGUGUGAAGGUGAUGGUCAAAUUGGGCGGCGAAACAAGGCUGUCAGAAAACUAUGGGAGUUAGAUCUCAUGUAUCUUACCUGGACUGAAGUCUCAGUGCAUCCUGAUGCCCCAAUGGACUGGAAUGCCGUAUUUGUGGCAGACAAAAACUUGAUUUUUGGAGUAGAGAUGUUCAAAAUAUUUGGCCAAGUGUUGGAUUUUUUCACUGUAUGUGAUGUGUCAGAUAUGACAAACUGGAACCAUAUUUCAAGGAAUCAUGUCACUCAUGAGCUCGAUGGUUCAUCGUGCGUGACCAAAUCCGUGGCAGUGCUGCACCUUUGA